AUGAAUGUACCAGAUGAUGAACUGAUUACAGACGUGGAUCCUAUCUGUGCUGAAUAUCCUGAGAAAAUUUGUGAAUGUGCUGGUCAUGCUCGUGGUCAUGGUGGUGACCCUGAUGGUGAAUGUAGAUGUACCAUUGGUCAAGUUAGAAGCAGAGAUGUUCACAACCAAGGAACUUGUUCUUUGACUUCGAGUCACCAGGGACAUCCUAACAUUCAAAUUCAAUCACCUUUGGCCAAAAUCAACAAAGAGAGUGUUGCUAAUGAUGAGAAAGUCGACGUUGUUAAUGGAAAGAGUAAUUCUAAAAUUGCCAAAAAUGUUGCUAAAAAAAAUGAAGAGGAGGAAAUUUUUGGAGAUUUGGAAGAUCUUAAUUUUAAGCAUGAGAUACCAACUCCAUCCAUCUUUGAUUACGAUUUUGAAAACCAUUGGAACAUCAACAGUUCGUAUGAGAGUAAACAUGUUUCCGACGAUGGUGGGUCAAGUUCGUACUACUACUUAUGAACAACAUCAACAACUGGAUCAAAUACAUUGCAUGUGUUUUAUUGUGGUGAUAACAGUUUUAUAUAAAUAUUUUUAAGAAAAAU